AUGGCGUCAAGUUUUCCCGUACCAAUGCAAAAUUCGUUAUCAGACGAAUACUUACAGUCUGGUUUAAAUUCAGCAAUGGUUGCGAUUCAGUCACUUGUAAAUCUGAAUAAUUCUAGAUAUGAAACGUUCACGAGAGAAACACAUGCUGCAAUAGCUAAUAUGGCAAUGUCAGAUCAUGGGGAAAACAGAAACACGAAUUCAAUGGCGACGAUGGAAAUGACUGGAAGGCCAUCAGACCCCGAGAGAGGAGUGGCUGUGGAAGGGAUUCCCCAAUCGGAUCCACGGCGACGUAGUUCUGUGAGCUGGACUAACCAACCUCCUGGUUCAAAUGUGAAGCUUUACGAUCCCAACAGUGUAGUGAAGCUAAACAUGAACGACAGGGGUUUCACUGAACAACCGCGAAGGAGUGCAUUAAGACUGUCUAUUGACUCCAACGCUAGGCUUUACGACAGACCUGGCAGUAGGAUUCAGCUGGGCUCCAACAACACGAUGAAUCCUGUGGAGCAGCAGACUGCUAACAGGAGCUGGCCGAAUAGUGAUUCUCUCAGCUCAAAUAUGCAAUAUUUUGAUAACCCCACCAUUCUGCCGCAGCCAGUGACAGAGCAACAGAGGCUCAGUCAGAUCAAAUGGCAGGACAUCAGCCAGCCACAACCUUACGACAGCAGACUACCUGGUGUCGAUACCAAGCCAGCAGGUUUCGACAAUGCUUCAGGGGAAGUAGCUUACACAUCGCAGAUUCUGGUAGAGAUAAAGGUAGUUUUUGUUCGAGUGAGUGACAUAGAUACAAUAGGCCAGCAAUUCGAAGCUGAGGUGUACAUUCAAGCUCGCUGGCCAGAGAGUCAAUUUGCCGGAUAUACAGAAGAGCAAUUGAGCGAGAUUGAGUUUCGACAGUGCUGGAACCCUAUGCUGGUCAUUUUGAACAUUGCCGGCUCCGCGGAGAGUGACAGGGCGUCCAUGCUGCUGCGUUACGAGCCCGACAGAGUCUACCCUGUGCUCACCUACAUGUGGCAUAUCGUGGGCACCUUUAGGGAAAGUAUGGAGCUGCAGCAUUUCCCCUUUGAUGUUCAGGAAAUCAGCAUUGUAAUCUCCAGUGAGCGAAGCAUACGAGAAAUAGAACUGGUGUGUGACUAUUCACAGCUCAGUAAUGUCAGCCCAAGAGCCCUACAG